CGGGUGGAGUGAUGGGGGUGGGGGAGAAAGAGAGAGAGAAAGAGAUAUCGGUUUAAGGAGUGACGUUACGCCUGAAAGAUACAAUGGUAAUUUGUAUUGAAAGAAUUAAGAAGUUUUAAUAAUCCCUUAUAUUAAGGAUUGAAUAGGAGUGACAAUAGAUCGGUAAAAUAACGAGGAAAAGUCGGAAUAGAGCGCGUGAUUUCGCGCGAAAAUGAGCUUAAACAUAACCAAGUUUUUUUCUAAAAAGAAAAGUGUCAAUGUCGAAACGGUGGCGGAAAUAGGCUUGCCUACUAAUGUCUCUCACGAAUUUCACGUUAGUAAAAAUGCAGAAACAGGUCAGUUGGAGGGUUUGCCGCUUUCCUGGAUACGUUUUCUUAACACGCAAAUAUCAAAGUCCGAACAGGAUGAACAUCCUGCGGCAGCAUUGCAAGCUAUCAAAUUUUACAAUUACUCGAUUAAACGUAAACCACAGGAGAAAGUAUUUAAAGCACUUGUCACGGAGAAUCUUAUAGAAGAAGAAUCGGAAGAAAUCGAUAAUAUAUUAACUAAGAAGUAUCAAUCGUGUGACUCGGAUAGUUCAAAUUCAGCUAGCUCAACUGAUAGCCAGGUACGAACUUUACCAGAACUUCCACCUAAAGUUAAUAAAGUGCCAAAGCCAGCACCAAGAACUUUCAUAGAUAGGAAUGACAGAAAUGAAAAGACUUUGACUGAAAUUCUCGAAGAUCUUAAAGUAUACAACGUUGAGGACGAUAGUUUACUUCAAGAGGAGGAAACCGAGAAAGAGAUUGAAGAGGAAGAUGAUUACAAAAUCAAAACCGAAGAAAGUCCUGUAUUACGCAGAAAAACAGACUAUAGUGGUGUCAAAUUGAGUGAUCAAGAAGUAUUCGAUGAACUAAGAUCUAUUUGUCAAAGUGGUGAUCCUACUCUUAAAUUUGAUAGAAGUAAGGAAGUUGGUGCUGGUGCUUCUGGCACCGUAUUCGUAGCGACUGAUCUUGAAAAUAAUCAGAAAGUAGCCAUUAAGGAUAUCGACUUGUCUAAGCAACCAAAAAAGGAACUCAUAUUGACUGAAAUCAAAGUUCUCAAAGAAUUUCAACACCCGAAUUUAGUUAAUUUCUUGGACGCAUAUCUUUUAGAUUGUCAUUUGUGGGUGGUAAUGGAAUUAUUAGAAGGAGGACCUCUUACAGAUGUUGUUACAGAGACUGUUAUGAAGGAGGCACAAAUUGCAGCCGUCUGUAGAGAGGUUUUGAAAGCAAUAAGUUUUCUCCACAAAAGGGGUAUCAUUCAUCGAGACAUUAAAUCCGAUAAUGUGCUAUUGGGUAUGAACGGAACUGUCAAAGUAACGGAUUUUGGUUUCUGCGCUAAUAUUAAUGGCGACGAAAAGAGACAAACUAUGGUGGGUUCUCCGUAUUGGAUGGCACCGGAAGUAGUGACGAGAAAACAAUACGGAAAAAAAGUUGACAUUUGGUCACUCGGUAUAAUGGCCAUUGAGAUGAUCGAGGGUGAGCCACCUUAUAUGAAAGAAACGGCACUAAGAGCAUUAUAUUUAAUUGCUGCCAUCGGUAAACCUUCCAUACCAAGAUGGGAAUCGCUUAGUCCUACGUUUCAAAACUUUUUGGAAAGGUGCCUUGCUGUCGAAGUGGAUGAAAGAGCAACUGCGGAUGAAUUGCUUUCUCAUCCUUUCUUAGAAAAUUGUGCAGAAUUGACUACAUUAACGCCAUUGAUACAGGUUGCACAAAGAAUUCUUCAUAAGGUCUAUAAUUGAUUACUUUUAAUGCAACUAGUAUUUAUAUAAUCUUGAAUUAAGCACAAUGGUUCUUCUAAGUAUUUUAAUUAAUGAAUUUCAUAGGCACUAACUAUUAUAUAUAUAUAUAUACAAUCUUUCUUUCUUAUUGAUACUUUAUCAUUUGCCAUUACUGUUGACAUUUUCUUCACAUACCACGAAUUCACUAAGCUUUCUCGAAAAUGAUAAUACGAUCAACAGUAUUAUGGAUUUCAGUAAGAUCCACUAAUUGGAUUUAUAAAUUAGAAUACACGUGUUUUAAUAGCGAGUUUCAUAUGUUCUUUAUAAGGUUUCCAAUAUUCUUUUUAUUUUUAUUUUUUCACACAGAUGUGUUGUUGGUGGAAACGAAACUAUAAAGUUCACUUCAUGUGCAAUAUAAAUACGUACACAUACAUAUACGCUGUGGCAACAUUGUCGAUUUUAUAAUUGUAUUUUUACUGCAUUUUAAGUAUUUACGUAUACGCACAGAUGUUUGCUGCAUAUGUAUAUGUACAUAUAGAUAUGUAAAUUUUAUACUACCUAAACGGUUUGUGUAACAUUGUAUUUUAUGCAAAGGUUUAUUUUUUUGAAUAUAUUGCAAGCAUAGGUAACGCAUAUUAUUUUAUACUAUUAAACAAUUAUUGUACUUAUAUUGAGAAUACUUCCAAUAGUGAAGAAAAAAAAAUAAACAGAAAACACAAAAACGCACAAACGUAUGGGUGGGUGCCUAUUUUAUUGUCAGUACUUUUUUCGCAAAGUGCAAUUAUUUUUAAUCAUCUCCGUGUUAAAUUUCAAAACACAGGAGGAAAAAGAAUUUUAUUUUAAAAUAAAUAUGUUACAUUCUGUAAAUAAUUGAAAUGUUUGGCUUAACAUUGCAAUUUAUGAAUGCAUUAUUAACUGAUUGCGAGUAUUAAAUAGUACAAUGCAACACACUGCUUAACAUAGAGUGUAAUUUUGAAAAGUUAUACACACGCAUAUGACUAGUUUUAUAGAAUUUUUUCAGAUUUGAUAAUAUACAUUUUCGGGAGAAAUAUUUUUGUAUUUUACGGCGAGUAUAUUAUCGCUAAACCAAAUAUAUUCUAUUCUUAUAAAACUUUUAUAACGUUAUCGUGUAUAUAUAAGUAAACGCAUAUCGACAAUAUUUAUAAGGGUGUUUCAAUUUUAUAAUAAAAUGAUACGAAUGAUUGUUCUCUAACUAUAAGAUAGAAUUUUAAACAUAAAACUUCAAUAAAAAAUCACGACUGUGAUAAGUAAUAAACUAUUGAAUUUAAAAUUCCAUGCAAUUAUUCAUUAAUCUCUUUUUAUAAGAUUUACGCGAAUGCUGCCGGAUAUAAAUGACUAAAUGGUUUAUCUAAAAUCCUACCUUUUGGUUGUUCAUCUCUAGUAUUUCAUAUUUCUAAUUAUUUCAUGUGUCGUCAUAUUUAAUUAAUUUAAAAAAAAAUAGUGAACUCCAGAGUUUGUGCCUUAAAUGAAUGAAUAUAUGCGUCAUUAUGGAAUUUUAUCAAUGUUCGUUUAUGUAUUUUAAUUAAAUAAAUAUUAUAAAAUUGUCCACACAUUUUUAAAAUUAUAAUUAUAAUUAUUACGACAUUUUAUUCCCUAUCCUCAUAUUCUUUCAAAUGUUUUAUUGUUAACAAUUAUUUAAGCUACACAAAUAAAAUGAGAGGAUAUGUCUUAUUAAAUAAAAAAUAUUAAACAAUAAAUAAUUUAUUUAAAAGAUAAAAUAAAAUUCAUUUGCGUUGACAUUAUAUUUUAUAUACAUACAUAUAUACAUACAUAUAUAUAUAUAUAUACACACAAAAAGAUGAAGAAACACUUGGUACACCGAUAAAAGCUAUCUUCAUGGUAUUCUUAUUAUCUUCAUAUGUUAACAUUAUUUUCUUUACUUUAUUGAUUUCCGAUGACUACGAUGAUUCUACAUGUAUCUUGUCAACGGAAGUGUGAUAUCGCGCAUCCGUGUAGAUAUACAUAUAAAAGAAACAAUUUAUUACACGAUACGUGCGUUUAUAAUUGUACAAAAUUGCACAAAGUAAACGUAUUAACGAUCA